CUGAGGUGCUUUGAAUCCAUCAACUGCAAAUAAUAGAGUAAAACGAGACCUUUUCCUUUUUUUUUUCUUUUUUUUUUUUUUUUUUUUAAUAUACAAGAGUCAUGGGAGUUUGUACGAACACAAGUUCGUCUGUAUCCCACAUUUACCCUAGGACAAUCAUUGUGUCCGAGCUUUGAAGGGAGAUAAUCACCUUACAAAAUGAGAGUGUAAAAUUCAAACGUCAUUUUGUCGGACAAAACAUCAAUAAUUGUUGAGUUUGUUUACAAAAGUCAUGGGAGUUCAAAGAAUGGAAGAUGCUUAGUGUGUAUUGUACAAAAAGGACAUUUGCUGCUCCGUGUGUGAGUGAUAUGCUACAUGCUAAUAUGCUAACUGGCAAACUCAAUAGCUGAUAACUGAACUAUUUCUUGUUUAAACCAUACAAAAUCUAACAAGAUAUGAUUGUUUUGAGGUAAAAAAAACUGCUUAAAUCAGUCUGAGGUACACCAACUUAAGCUGUUUUUACCACAGGACAAUUGUGUCAGAGCUUUGAAAGAGAGAUAUUCACAUCACAAAACGAGAGCACAAAAUUCAGUUGUUUUGUAGGACAAUAGUCAAACUGCGACAUUAAUUGACCUGAGGUACAUAUCAACCACAAAUAACAAAAUUAAACAAGACCUUUCGGUAAUUACUGUCAGUUUAUGCUGCUCCAUGUGUGAAUGUUAUGCUACAUGCUAAUAUGCUACUUGGCCAAUUCAAUGCCUGAAAUGAGCUAUUCUUUGUUUAAACAGUGGAAAAUCUAACAGCUGAACAGUCUAAAGUUGUGUGUUAAUCUUACCUGCUACCAGGUUGGUCAAGUUUAAAGAAUUUACAAAGGUUUUGGGCAUUUGUUAGCUAGUCAGUCUGGAAGAUCAGCUCACUCCGCUAAAUGAACUGAACACCACCUUUGCCAGACUGGGAGAAGAACUAGACCACCUGAAGACCAUCUUGGCCAGUCUGGAAGACCAGCUAGAACACUGAAGACCAGUUUAGUCACUUUGGGAGACCAAUUAAAGCACCAGAUAUCCAUGACAAGUAUUGAAGAACCGCUGAAACAGCUCCUGGUUGUUUGCAAGUAAAUUUGGUGUAUAAAUUCGCAGCUCCUCGUCUUCAUCUCUACAUCCUGUGAAACUGAUAAACAGUCAACAGUGUGCCCUUGAUAACAGACAGGCAGGUCGGUUAGCCUAGCUCCAAUUAGACCACCAACAAUCCAUCUGAGGGACAUCUCUACUGGAGAAUAAGGAAUUUAACCAAAGGAGUUCAAGGAAUCACAACUUUGCAUCAAGUUAGAGACUCCAAAAGGGUACAUAAUGGCGUUUUUAAUCAAAAGUAUGGUGGGGAACCCACUGAAGGGAAUGGGACUUGGAGGAGGUGAGGAAAAGGCUGAGGAGGAGACCCCCAAGGACCCUGCAGCGGCUGCCGGCAUGACUAGAGAAGAAUAUGAGGAGUACCAGAAACAGCUAGUGGAGGAAAAAAUGGAGCGAGAUGCAGAUUUCUUGCACAAGAAAGCAGAGAGGGCGACCCUGAGAGUUUGUCUACGAGAAAAAUACAGACUUCCUAAAAGUGAGCAGGACGAGAACAUGCUCCAGAUGGCAGGAGAUGACGUGGACGUUCCCGAGGAGCUGCUGAAGAUGGUGGAUGAGGACGCCACAGAGGAGGAGGAGAAGGACUCCAUCCUGGGGCAGAUGCAGAACUUACAGAACAUGGACAUGGAUCAGUUAAAAGAGAAAGCCAGCGCUACACUGACAGAGAUCAAGUCCAAGGCUGAGGAGAAGUGUUCUGUCAUGUAGUGAUGUAGCAAAUUUCUUCAAACCAGGACUGCAUUUCCCAAAAGCAUCAUAAGCCUAAGUAGAUUGUAGAACCGUCGAUGGUCUCUACGAUCAGUGAUGCUUUUGAGAAACCCAGCCUGGGUCUCUUUUAGAAAAACAAAACAAAAACAGUAUCUUAAUUUUCCCUCCACAUUGAUUGAUUGCUGUUGAAGUUUCGGUGACACUUUACAAUAAAUUUCAUUUGUUAACUACAUUCGUUAACAUCAACUGGCAAUGAAAUUGCUUCUCCUGUUCUGUUAUCAUUGCUUUGCUUAGUCUUAUGUAACUUUAUUACUUUGAGUUUGAUGAACUUAAACUAUUUAAGGCAAUCGGUUUCCUCAAACCAUUUAAGUAGCUAUAUAGUUGUUAAGACUUAGUUAGAUUUGUUACCUGAAUUCAAACUGAAUGAGUGGAAUAAACUUAAAAUCUUUAAGUUGAGUUUACUCUAUUGACUAAACUAACACUAAAAUAUAAGUGAAUUUAAUUUAAUGUAUAUGAGUUUACAGUACUCAUAUUUUAAAAUGAUUAAGUUAGUUAAUGCACUGUGAACUAACAAUGAACGAUUGUAUUUUUAUUAACUAACAUUAACAAAGGUUAAUAAAUGGUGUAAAAAAUAUAAAUAUAUAUAUUGGUCAUAGUUCAUUUAUGUUAACUAAUGUUAACAAAUGAGAAAUAUUGUAAAGUGUUACCAAAGUUUCACCCAAGUUUUUAAAUCCCAUAGCUGCAACAUCUGAUUCUAGAUCAGCUUUUCGGCUUCUCUGAAUAUCAUUUGCUUGCCCCCCAAUUUUGCUGUUGGACUUCAUUUCUUUUGUAUGUUUUGUUUGAAUAAAUGAUGUUGUAGUCUGUUUCCUCCUCUUUUUUUGUGCAUAUGUUGCAAUAUUUACCUGUAAAUAUAUCUAACAAACAUAUAAUGACUUGAACCAGAGGCGGAGAAGCUCUGUUUAAUUCCCCCUCCUGCUUUUUUGCACAAGGGUUUGAGAUGAAUGUGAUGCUGUUAUUUUUUCUUUUCUAGACAGCUGACCAUAGCGUUGACGCAUAUGAUAUUGUAACGCUUAUUAGGAUUCUUUAGUCUUAUGUAUUAACUUUUCAUGUGAGGUAAAUAGGCAUGUAUAUGGUUGAUGUCUCAUGUGUAAACAGAUGAAUAAAAUAGACAGUUGAAAAACUGUGGGUCUGUUGGGCAUUCGUGAUCAAAAUAAGUAUGUCUGUGAGCUUUUCUUGGCCAUAACUGUGUCAA